AUGGCCGACGCGCGCAUUGCGUCGUUGCGCGACGUACUUGCAUCACGCGGGCACACAAGAAGCGAGCAACCUGAUGACGACGUGAUGAGUGCGAUGCUUGAUAUAGAGGGCGAUAUUGACGCUGCUGCGCGAUCAAUCGACGAUGCACAGGCUGCCGAGCGCCGAAGGUUGGAGGAUGCGCCGCAGCGCCAGCGUGCGGUCUCGCCACUGCGCGUGCCACCUGUGUCGCGUGCGCAAACGCUUUCCGGGAUAUGGGGAUCGGGGUGGCUAGCGACAUUGUGGCGCUGGGUUUCGAUGCCAUUCUCCGUGCUGCAUUUCCUUGCCAUGAUUGUGCUGCGCUCCGUGGGACUUACAAGCCGGGCGCCCAACGGCCGGGAUACAAUUGAACUCUCUCGCUUCAACGAAGAUCCACGCGAGGCUGCGCGUCGCUGGAUUUUGGAAUUGGAGCGCGAUACAGGAGGGACCAGCGUUCCCGACGAGUCGGCGCAGAUGCGCAUUGCACUGCCAAAUUUCUUUGCAGGAAGCUACUCGGAUGCGCUGCGCGAAGCAAAACAGCAGAUCCAGAUUUUGGUUGUUGUUUUGACGAGCACGACGCAUACGGACGCUGCUUAUUUCCGAACAGAAGUCCUCACCGAUGCGGCGCUGGUCGCCCAGCUGCGCAAUGAAGAGUUUUGUGUGUGGGGUGGCGACGUACAAGCGCGCGAAGCAUUUCAAGUUUCGCGUUUGCUGGAGGCUAGCACGUACCCAUUUAUUGCAUUUAUUGCACUACAACCGCGUCGCUCUCGGUCGCGUGGCGGCGCACUUGUAGCGCACCCCGCGGUCCUCUCGCGCAUGGAAGGUUCCCCGCGCACAAACCUGGGCGCCAUGUCGAUUCUUGCGCAUAUCCAAGACAUUGUGCUUCCUCGCACGCGCACAUACCUUGGCAGCCUGCGCAGCGAGCGGCAGCACCGCGAAAUGGAGCGCGAGCUGAAAGCUGCUCAAGAUCGCGCAUAUGCGGAAGCAAGUAAGCGGGAUCAUGAGCGUGUGCUCAAACGGCGCGCGGAAGAAGAGCAGCGCGCCGCUCACGAACAGUCAAAACUUUCCUCCGAGGCUGCUGCGCGUGCGCAGCAGGAAAAAGCGAUGCAAUGGCGCUGCUGGGCGCGCACAAACCUUGUGCCACUGGAGCCAGGUGCAAAUGUGGCGCCGCAGCUGCGUGUCGCUGUGCAUACACCCGACGGGCAGAAUCUGCAGCGCAGGUUCAGUCCUACCGAUACACUGGAGCAAGUGUAUGCGUACGUCGAUACUGCCGACGUUGCUGGCGAUCAUACCGGCGAGACGAAGGCACCGCAGGAUUAUGUGCAUAGGUACGCGUUUGAUCUCGUGCAAACAUAUCCACGACGCGUGCUCGACAAGACGAAUUUGCAGUGUGCUCUCCAGGACGUGCAUGGAUUUGGACCGAGUGCGAAUCUUGUUGUAGAGGGGAUGCACGAUAGCGCCGCCGCAGAUCUCGAUAGUAGCGAUGAAGAGUGA